ACCCCCUGGGCACCAUGAACACCAACGUGUGCGUGGAGACGGGGCCCAACCCCGAGGCGCCGGGGCUGCCCAAGGAGAACCACCUGCCCGACGGCGCCCUCAACAGCCUUGUGGAUUACAACUCGGAGAUGGAGAGGUACCGCUCCUUCGCCACCUUCUACAAGACCAACGGCGGCGCCUUCCCGCAGGCGGCCAAGAUCGCCCGCAUCACCCCCCCGAUCUUCCCCAGCGCCGCCGCCGCCGCCGCUGCCCGCAUCGGCAUGUCCCCCUUCGCCCGCCUCUUCUCUGCACGCCGCCAGCAGGAGCGGCGGCGGCGGCGGCGGCUUCACCAUCGGAACGAGUCCCAGCGGCUGGGCAAGCCUGGCUGCGCGCCAGCCGAGCAGCCCGCGUUGCAAAUGGCAAAUAAUAAUUUCCUCUCCACCUUAGCCCCUGAACACUGCAGACCUUUGGCUGGGGAAUGCAUGAACAAGCUCAAAUGCGGCGCCGCCGAAGCAGAGAUAAUGAAUCUCCCCGAGCGCGUGGGGACUUUUUCCGCUAUCCCGGCUUUAGGGGGCAUCUCAUUACCUCCCGGGGUCAUCGUCAUGACAGCCCUGCACUCCCCCGCAGCAGCCUCGGCAGCCGUCACAGACAGCGCGUUUCAAAUUGCCAAUCUGGCAGACUGCCCGCAGAGCCAUUCCUCCGCCUCGUCGUCCUCCUCCUCCCUGGGAGCCGCCGGAGGAGGAGGCGGGGGAGGGGGAGGAGGCAACCCGGCCAAGAAGAAGCGGAAACGGUGCGGGGUCUGCGUGCCCUGCAAGAGGCUUAUCAACUGUGGAGUCUGCAGCAGUUGCAGGAACCGCAAAACGGGACACCAGAUCUGCAAAUUUAGGAAAUGUGAAGAGCUAAAGAAAAAACCUGGCACUUCGCUAGAGGUCAGAGGAGAUGAUUUCUUUCUUCCCAGCCUCCCGCCGUCCCUCGUGAACCCCCUUCCCCCGCCUCUGCAGUGCUUCUUGUCUAGUUUCAAGAUGCAGCAUCCCUUUUCUGAAGCCUCCUUCAGGUUGUGAGGGGGGGGGACACACGGGGGGAGCACCCACCUACCCCCCUUUUGGGGAAAAAAAUCGGUUUGGGGGCCUCUCCCUCUUUAUUGCACUUCCCUCCCCAGCCCCACAAAACAAAGCCACUGGUUUGGACCUGCCAGGAACCCAGGUCUGAAAGGGGAGGGGAGGGUGGCA